AUGUUAUUGCUUGAAAAAAUAUCAUAAAGAAAUAGCAAUGAAUAGUAUUCAUUAAAAAGAUUACAAAAUGACAUGCUUGAUGAAAAAUUAAAAGAAUUGGAUGAUGAUACAUGUGAAAUAAAUUUUAAAAUGGUUAGUUCAAUAUUAUAAAUUUUUAUGACUCCAAAGAUUGGACCUCAUGGAUUUAAUAAAUUCAUUGUAUUCAUUAAUAUAAUUUUAGUUUUUACUUGAUUUUCGAAUAAAUUACCCUUAUUCUCCUCCUAAAAUAUAAGCAGAAUCAGAUAUCCCCCAUCCAAAUAUAGAUGGUAAAACUUAAAAAUUUUAUUUAUAACUUUUAGAAAUAUAGAAUUGGAGACCAAUUUAUGGGUAUAUAUGAAAUAUAUAAAAGUUUAACUGAUAUUAUUAAAGCAAUGAAAUAGACAUUAAUAUAUGUAGAUUUCACAUAUAUACCAAAUGAAGCAACUUGCCUUUUGAUGGCUCAAAAUAUAUUAUUAUAAAAAAAUUAUACACUUGAAGAAAUUGAUUUAGACUUGAUUCAUUUUGAAAUUAGUGACAAUUUUAAGAUAAAUUUUGAAUUAAGGGCAAACGAAUUUCCUAAUGAGGAAUAAAAAUACUCAAGAAUUUCUUAAGAACCAGCAACUAUUAAUCUAUUAAAAAUUUAAAGACAUAAUUAUAAUGAUGGAAUCAUUUUUAACAAAUUAAAAGGUUGA